UCCAAUCUAAGCCACCACAGGGUGUAGUUCGUUGUACAAAAGGCGUAUCCUAGGAAGUCGCCGUUCGCACACCAAACAAACCUCUCCCUAAAUUGCCGUUGUCGCCAGCUGCAGCGUGAACCCCAUGGUAAACGGCCUGUUAUCAUAUGUCGGCGAGCUGACGACAGCGCAAGCUGUCGCCGGAGUCGUCCUUGUAUGGCUGCUCAUCCGACACUUGAGCGCGAAGAAUCUUCGUCAUAUCCCGACCGAAGGCGGACCCUCUUUGCCAAUCCUAUCUUUCAUCGGGCUUUACAACUUCCUCACCCAUGGAAGAGAGAUUAUACAGCGGGGUUAUCAGCAACACAAGGGCAGGACUUUCAAGGUCGCUAUGGUGGAUCGUUGGCUUGUUGUGCUUUCUGGUAAGAAGUUGGUCGACGAGCUGCAAAAGAUGCCGGACGACACAGUGUCAGCCGCUACGACAGAGGUUUUCGAGAUACAUCAUGUAUUCGCCUCUAAUUGGCACAGAGACCCUGUUCAUAUGCCGAUUCUUCGGAGUCUCACGCGUAACCUCGCAUUGGUAUUCGAAGACAUGUUUGACGAGCUCAGGAUAGCCUUCCGAGAGCACAUUCCCGCAAACAGCGACCGUUGGCUUCCAGUCCAUGCUUCUCCUGUAAUGAGCACAAUCAUUACACGCGUUGCAAACCGCGUAUUUGUCGGCAUGCCCGUCUGUCGGGACAGUGGCUAUGUACACAUGAUGGUACACUUCGAAGAGGACGUAAGCAAAGCUGUGAGGCUCCUCGCAACAUUUCCCGGCUUUAUGAAGCGCAUCGCCGGCAGAAAGCUCACAGUCAUCGACAAACGCGUGCAACAGUGCCUCGACUACUUGCGGCCGGUUAUUGACGACCGGAUGGCCACGAUGACUGAGUUUGGAAAGGACUGGACCGAUAAGCCGAAUGAUUUGUUGCAGUGGAUUAUCGACGAAGUCGUAGCUCGCAAUCAAGGGCCAGAAGAGGUUGCGCGCAUAGUACUGUUCAUUAACUUCGGGGCUAUUGGGACGACCUCGGCCGCCAUACUCCAAGCCUUGUACGACAUCUCUAUGCGCCCCGAGCUUGCCAACAUGCUCCGGGAAGAGGUUGAGGCCGUUGUAGCCGAAGAAGGCUGGACGAAAGCUGCCAUAAACAAGAUGCGCAAGCUCGACAGCUUCCUGCGCGAAUGCGAGCGGCACAAUGGCCCGACUGUUGUUUCGAUGUUCCGCAACAUCCUGCAGCCGGUGACGCUCUCGGAUGGAACAUUCCUUCCCAAGGGUACGACGGUCGUCACGCCGACGUUUGCGACGCACUUCGACGAGGAGAACUAUACAAACGCGACCCUGUUUGACCCGCUCCGGUCUUAUAAGAGUGAAAAGUCUGUGCAGCCGCAGCUAAUUACCACGUCCGCGGACUACGUAACGUUCGGGCAUGGCAAGCAUGCGUGCCCUGGUCGAUUCUUUGCCUCCAACGAGCUGAAAGCCAUGUUAGCGUAUAUCGUCGUAAACUACGACGUCAAACCUGAAUACGAGGGCAUUCGCCCCGAAAGCUUGCAGAGGGGCCUAAAUAAUGACCCGAACAACACUGCACGAGUGCUGUUCAGGGGGAGGCAGGUUGACUAGAAGAAGCAGGAAACGUGGAGCAUGUGCGCUGGAAAAGUUCAAUUAAUUAUCAUGGUUUUCCGAACCAAAUGUCAACAUUGAGAACGAGAUGCUUGUAGC